UGCAGGGACAGCCUGCCCGGAGGUUGGCGCUGAAGGAAAGCUCUUCCCCAGACGCUGUCCUGCCUGUCAGCAGGGGGUUCUGUGGAGUGUGCGCCGCCGGAGGAGUGGACGGCACGUCAGGACCCGAGUUGCAGGCUCCUGCACUUAAUGAAGUGAAAUGGAAGAAAAGCCCAAUUUUCCCAAAAGGAACAAGGAGCUGGUCAUUGGCAAAGAAGAAACUAAUUGGAGGAAUACUGUGCACCAAGAAAAUCAUUUUGCACCUGGAAGCCACUCAAAGCAUUUUAGCAAAAAGACAGAAAGCCAAAAGCAAAGGGAGAGCAAUGGUCCUAGUACAAAGAAAUAUGCUCGAGUCUUCACAAAUAAUUCAAAUGCACUCACGGGAGCUGGUUACAGCCCGGGGACUAGGUCCAAAGAUAGGCGCAAGGAAAAAAGUAAGAAGUGGGUAUGUGAUGUGGAACAGGGUUCGGUAGUUCAGAAGGAGAGGAAAGAGAAGGUGAAUGCUUCUGAGUUGAAAAAUAAGCCUCUGCCUAAAGGCACAGAGCACGGUAAAACAGAAUGGACCAGGUCUCAAAGUAAUGGCAGUAAAGUCCGGCACACUCGAAGACAGCUACAGAAGGAAUAUAUAAAUAAUGAACUAUUUGGAAAACAAACAGAAGGCCAAAAGAAAUUAAAGAGAAUGAAAAGAAAUGAACAAAUGCAAAACUCUAAAACGUCAGUUAUCGAUGAAUCCAAAUUAACAAAAGAAGCUCAACUAAAUCUGGCCGAAGAAAGGCUCAAAGAAGAUUUGAUCUUCAGGUUCGAAAAGCGGGUCCGAAGUUGUCCAACUGCAAAGUACGAAUGCAAACUUUGUAGUGUGUUGAUCGAAUCUGUGUCAUCUGGCUAUAAACACAUUAAGGAGAAAAGACACAAGAAGUGCCUGAAGGAUUUUGAAGAAAAAAAUACGCUCGCUUCUAUUCCACGUCCAAGUCCCUCACAAAUCAAAGCAAUUGAAGCUGCCAUUGAUGAGGUUGUUCAGGCGAAUGGUCUAACUGAAGAUGAUGUGAAAAAGAGACAUGAAAUUACAAGAAAAAUGGAAAGUGUUCUGCAGCAUUUAUUGCCAGACUGCUCACUGAGACUCUAUGGCUCUUCUUGCACAGGAUUUGGCUUUAGAGAUUCUGACCUUAACAUUGAUAUUCAAUUUCCAGCUCAUAUGAAUCAACCAGAUGUGCUGGUGCAAGUUCAGGAAAGCCUCAGGAAUAGCAUUUCUUUCAUUGAUGUUGAGGCGGAGUUCCAUGCCAGAGUGCCUGUCAUACUAUGCAGAGACAAGCAAAGUGGCCUUUUAUGUAAAGUAAGUGCAGGCAAUGAAAAUGCAUGGCUCACAACUUGUCACUUAGCUGCCUUGGCAAAGUUUGAACCUUCUCUUACUCCACUGGUUAUUGCCUUUAGGUCUUGGGCAAAGCUUUGUCAUCUUGAUUGCCCAGAAGAAGGAGGGAUGCCACCCUAUGCUUUUGCUUUAAUGGUAAUAUUCUUUCUUCAACAAAGGACAGAAUGUGUGCUACCUGUGUAUCUUGGAUUAUGGAUUGAAGGAUUUAUGAUGGAUAACUUGACCGACUUCUAUCUUAAAAGAGUAGAAAACAAUGAGGUUAUCUGGGCAUUUAAAUCAAGUGAGGGUGAUGUUUCAUAUGAAGGGAAGGUUCCACUUGUCUUUGAUCAACAAAGUUCUCUACCUGUAGGACAGCUGUGGCUUGAACUACUUCGAUUUUAUGCAAUUGAAUUUACAUUGACUUAUUUCGUUAUUAAUAUACGCAUCGGAGAACCACUUUCUCGAGAAGCUAAAGACUGGCCCAACAGGAGAAUUGCCGUGGAAGAUCCAUACGCUGUAAAGAGGAAUGUUGCACGUACCUUAAGUAGUCAAAUGGUAUUUGACUAUUUCAUUCAUUGUUUGCGAGCAACAUACAAGUACUUUGCAAUACCUCGAUACAAGUCAGCAAGAUUCAACAAAAGAAACAAUGAAAAAAUUGUUUCUAAAGCAGAGUCUGCUUUUAUGGCACACCAGCAGGAUUUGCUUGACUGUUGUACUUCAGCGGUGAAGCUACCAGAAAUGACAACUGCCAGUUCAGCAGAACUUCCUAAUGGAGAAUGGCAACAGAUCCACGAUGGUGCUCCAUGUAAUGAUAGUGAAAAACUACCUUUGAAAAAUUCCUACAGAAAUUCCGAAACAUUACAAGAGUGUGAGGGUGAAAGCAUCACAGAGGAGGAGAUGAUACCUGAAAUGCAAAAGUUCAGAAUCACUGGAGAUAACUUAUCGGAAGGUGAUGAAAAUCAAUCAGAAAGUGAAGGUAAAGAUGGUAAUGAACUCUUGGAAAGUGCAAAUCAUAAAGAACUGUUUAAUAUAUCUGGACAACAGAAAGACAAUUCAACACUUGCUGGCAGGAUAUUAAAUGAAGAUAGAUUUGCACAGUCAUUAGAAGCAGAUAAUGAGAUCUCCAGUGAUGAUGAAAUUGAGUCUUGUGUGAAACACAGAAUUUGUUACAGAGAUCAUUUUAAUUCAGAAAGUCUUUCAGAUUCUGAGAGUUUUCUGAAUUCUCAGAAUAUAGAAGGUGCUGAUGUUGACAUUGAAGAUUCUAAUCAACUGGAAAUGAAAGUUGAUGAAGUCACAUUAAAUGAAGUUAGAGAAAGCUCUGACAGUACCGAGGAACUGCACAGUUUCUCUAAAAAGGCAAUGCAGCAUGAGAAAAGGACUUCAAACAGGAAUGAAGAGGAUGAAGAGGAAGAUGACAUCGAUAUUGAUGAGUUGGAUCUGAAUAUCACACCUCGAGCUCAUCUUGACAGUCUUACAGCUGAAGAGGAAUUUGUGACUUUAUCAACAGAGUCUAGUGAGGAAGAUAAUCAGUCUGAAGAAGAUGAAAUAAUUGAAUUGCGAAACUGGGAAGAACAUGUACUUAGAAGUCAUAGUGAUGUGACUUCUCAAGCAAACAAACAUGCUCCAAGCAAGAUUGAAAAGCAGGAAGCUCAAAAUGAAAAACACAAGGAAGUUACUGUUGGAAAGACUGACCCUACCUUGCAUGGAUGUGAAUCACAGAUUGAGGACAACAUGCUUUAUGUAUUCAGUAAAUUGUCCUUUACAAAGGGAAAGGCAUCUAUAAUUGUGUGCAGCUUAUGCAAGCGAGAAGGUCACUUAAAGCAUGAUUGUCCAGAAGACUUCAAAAAAGUUGAUCUUGAUCCGUUGCCGCAAAUGACACCAAAAUUUCUGGAAGAACUUAACAGAGUUUGUAUCCAGUGUUUCUCUGACUUUUCUCCAGAUCGUCUGGAAAUUCAAGCACGUGAGCACAUUCUUGUGGAUCUACAGUCGUUUAUCAAGAGGGAACUUAAUGCUAAGGCAAAACUCUGCUUGUUUGGGUCUUCCAAGAAUGGGUUUGGUUUUAGGCAAAGUGAUCUUGACAUUUGUAUGACGUUUGAAGACCGGGAAACAGCAGAGGGAUUAAAUUGUAUCAAGAUCAUUGAGAAUUUGGCAAGAGUGCUCAGAAAGAAUCCAGAUUUAAAGAACAUUUUGCCCAUUACAACUGCCAAAGUUCCAAUUGUUAAGUUUCUCCAUGUAAGAAGUGGCCUUGAAGGAGACAUCAGUUUGUAUAACAUUCUGGCCUUACACAACACUGGACUGUUAGAUUGUUAUGCAGCAAUUGAUAAAAGGGUGAAAUAUAUAGGCUACACUAUGAAGGUUUUCGCCAAGGUCUGCGAUAUUGGUGAUGCAUCGAGAGGCAGCUUGUCAUCAUAUGCAUAUACUUUAAUGGCACUUUACUACCUACAGCAACGGAAGCCACCAGUAAUUCCUGUCCUCCAAGAGAUAUAUCCCGGGAUAAAAAAGCCAGAGCACUUUGUUGAUGGUUGGAAUGUUUAUUAUUUUGAUAAAUUGGAUGAACUGAAAAAUGUGUGGCCAGACUAUGGAAAGAAUAAGGAGUCCCUUGGAGAGCUAUGGCUGGGACUUCUCAGGUUCUACACAGAGGAGUUUGACUUUAAAGAACAUGUCAUUAGUAUCAGACGGAAGUCUCUACUCACAACCUUUAAAAAGCAAUGGACAUCUAAGUAUAUUGUUAUAGAAGAUCCGUUUGACCUCAACCAUAAUCUUGGAGCUGGAUUAUCCCGAAAGAUGACAAAUUUUAUCAUGAAAGCUUUCGUUAAUGGGAGGAAAGUUUUUGGAACACCAGUUAAAUCCAUCCCAGUGCAGUAUCCUAUGAUUAUGGAGUAUUUCUUUGAUCCAGAAAUUCUGACUGAGGGGAAAGGAGCUCCAAAUGACAGAUGCUGUAGAAUUUGUGGAAAAAUUGGACAUUUUAUGAAAGAUUGUCCAAUGCGGAGAGGCAGUAAAGCAAGGCAACAGCAAAAUGUCGAUCACAAUACCCAUUAUAUAAAUGCUGGCAAAUCGGAAAAACUCUUGGAAAAGGCAAGAAGAAUGAUUGAGAAAGAUUCUCCAAAAAAGGAAGUGCCAAAGCUGUAUCGGCAAAGUUUAAAAGAUUCUCCAGGAAAAAUAGAGACAUCAGAGAUUCGUACACUUAGGAAGUCAAAGGAAGAAAGAGCAGCAAAUGAGAUACUCAGGGACAGAGCUCCCAGGCAGUAUCCCGAACAAAGGAGAAAACAGGAGGAGAGAAUUUGUUUUAUCUGUGGUAAAGAAGGUCACAUCAAAAAAGAAUGUCCUUGGCACAAAGGAGAAAAAAGUACAGAAUUUGCUGUAAAUGCAUCCCCCUCAAUAUCUAACCUUGGAAAUGAGAACACCAAAGGAAAUGUGAAGAAAAAACAGAAAGGAAAUUCCCAAUCAGACUUUCAACUGGAUAACUAACUUAUAUUCUUGACUACUUUUCAAAAUUUAAAUUAUUUUGUUUUUCUCUUGUGCAUGUCUGUAAAGUUCAACACUCGAAAUUUAGUCCAGAUCAUUAUUUUUGUGGUUUUAAUUUGCUACACAAUGUAAAUAAUUUCACCAUAUACAACUAUGGUAAUAAUGAUAAAAUUAAUGUUAAAAAAUCUUCAUUAAAGUCAUGGAAUUCUGUAUUUGAACAUAGCUAUUCUAUAUUGACAGUUAGCUUUGGUUUUGUAACGAUACAUACUAAGGAUACAUAAUACAUAAGGAUGAUGACUUAAAUCUUAGUAAAACGUUGUAAAUGGAAAUCAAAAGUCUGCAGAUGCUGGAAACCUGAAAUAAAAACCAACUGUUGGUAAUGCAAGCCAAACAGCAUUUGUUCUGUUGCUCAGAAGUUGCCUAAUUUGCAUAGUAUUUGCAUUUCUUUUCAAUCCUCUUUCAUAUUCUGUUUGUGAGACAUCCUUGUGCACAAAGUGGCUGCUACACACAACAUGGAACAGGACAGGAGCAGGCUUUUCAGCCCACUGAAUGCACCGAACAUGAUAUCCAUUUAAACUAGUAUCAUCUGCCUUCAUGUACUGUAUAUCCUUCCAUUCCAUGCCUGGUUAAAUGCCUCCAAUGUUGCUGCUCCUGUUUCAUUACAAUAGACAAUAGGUGCAGAAGUAGACCAUUUGGCCCUUCGAGCCUGCACUGCCCUUGCUUAUUAGUGAGUUCUGGGCACCUAAUUGAUAAUUGGUUUAAUAUUGUCACAUGUACUGAGAAACAGUGGAAAACUGUUUAUGUGCCAUCCAGACAAAUAGUUCCAAGCAUAAGUAUAUCAAGGUAGUCAAAGGGGAAAACCAGUAACAAUACAGAAUAUUGUGGUACAAUUAAAGAAAAGAGCAGUGAGACACAAACUGUAAGAGCUAUGAUGAAGUAGGUUGAGAGAUCAAAAGUUCAUCUUUAUCGUACAAGAAAUCCAUUCAACAGUCUUGCAACUGGCAGAAGAAGGUCGUAUCAGUCAGGUCUUUGGCACGGAGCCUGGCUCUGUAGCUCAGAAGUAACGGGGUAGAAGAGGUGAACUGUGGUGAUAGGGGAACAGAAAGGAGGUUCUGUGGACGAGAAUAAGAUUCCUGGAUGGUGUGUUGUCUCUCAGAUGCCAAAGUCUGGGACGUCUCAGAUCUUGGAUGAGAGGGUGAUCAGCCAGAGUUACCAAAGACAUGGGUAGGAAGAGGGACAAGGCUCUGCAAAUUGAGUUCAGAGAGUUGGGCGCUAAGUUAAAAGGACAGGAUCCCCAGGGUUGUGAUGUCAGGGUUGCUACCCGUAUCAGGUGCUAGUGAGGCCAGAACUAGUAAGAUCCUAUGGUUUAACAUGUGGAUAAGGAGUGGUGUGGGAGGUGAUCAAUUUUUUGGAUCAUUUGGCCGCCUUCUAGGGAAGGUGGGAACAGUACAAAAAAGAUGGUUUGCACCUGAGCUGGAGGGGUUUAAUAUCCCAGCGGGAAGGUUUGCUAAUGCUGCAUGGGGUGGGGGGAGGGCUUAAGCGGGAUGAGAACUAGAGUACUAGGACAGAUAGUGGAGAGGUUGUGGAGACAGGUUGUUAAGAUCAGGAAUCAAAAGGUUGAGCAUGGUGUCACUAAUGUAGGUUGCAUAAAUUUCAAUGCAAAAGGAAAAUGAGCUCAGGGCAUGGAUCAACACAUGGAAGAGGGUUCAGAGAAGAUUCACAAAAAUUACUUCAGGAAUGAAAGAGUUACUAUAUGAGGAAUGUCUGGCAGCUCUUGGGCUGUAUUUCCUGGAGUUCAGGAGAAUGAGGGGGGAUCUCAUAGAAACAUUCUGAAUGUCAAAAGGCCUGAACAGAUUAGAUAUGGCAAAGUUAUUUCCCAUGGUAGGGAAUUCUAGGACAAGAGGGCAUGACUUCAGGAUUGAAGGAUGUCUUUUUAGAACUGAGAUGAGGAGAAAUUACUUCAGUCUUUGGUAAAAUCAAAGUAGAUUGGUAAAUCUGGAAUUUGUUGCCAUAGGUGGCUGUGGAGCCCAAGUCAUUGGGUGUACUUAAGGCAGAGAUAGAUAGGCUCUUGAUUAGCCAGGGCGUCAAAGGGUAUGGGGUGAAAGCAGGGGAGUGGGGAUGACUGGAAAUAUUCAAUCAGCCCAUGAUUGAACGGUGGAGCAGACUCAAUGGGCCAAACGGCCCACUUCUGCUCCUAUAUCUUAUGGUCUUAUGGAAUUAUGAUAUUGUAGCCUUUAGUGAGACUUGGUUGCAGGAGGGCAGGGCUGGUACCUCACUAUUGCACGGUUUCAUUUUUUUGACGUGAUAGAGCCGAAAGGAUUGAAGGAGGAGAGGUGGCAUUACCAGUCUGGGAAAAUGUCAUGGCAGUGCUCAGUCAGGACAGACUGGAGAACUCAUAUAGUGAGGCUUUGUGGGUGGAACUGAGGAAUAAGAAAGGUAUGAUCACAUUAAUAGAAAACCCAACAGUCGGCAGGAUUUAAAGGAACAAAUUUGUAGAGAGAUCACAGCCUGUUGCAAGAAACAGAAUUUUGUGAUAGAUUAUUUUAACUUUCUACAUAUUGAUGGGACUCUCAUACUGUAAAAGAACUAGGUGGAAUAGAACUUGUGCAGUACUUGAUCUCCUAUCAAGGGAGUGAGAUGGCCGGUGACAGAAGUUUGCGGAGGGAAACACUUUGCAUUUGGUGAUCAUAGUGACAUUAGUUUCAAAUUAAUUGUGGAAAAGGAUACAUCUAGUCCUCUGGAUGAGAUUCUGAAUUGGAGAGGGGCCAAUUUUGAUGGCAUUAGAAAAGGAUCUGGGAAGUGUGGAUUGGGACAGGUUGUUUUUUGUCAAAGUGUACUUGGUAAGUGGGAGGCCUUAAGUGAAAUUUUGAGAGUGCAAAGCUUGUAUGUGUGUCAGAAUAAAAGGCGGGGUAACAGGCUUGGGGAACCUUAGUUUUCUAGGGAUAUUGAGGCUCUGGUUAAGGGAAAAAAAGUUAAGUGCAUAGCAGGUAUAGGCAGGUUGGAAGAAAAAAGAGGUACUUGAGUAUAAGAAAUGCAAGAAAACACGUGAAAGAAAUCAGAGCUAAAAGAAGGUAUGGGGUUGUUCUAGCUGACAAGGUGAAGGAAAAUCCUAAGGGAUUCCACAAAUAUGCUAUGAACAAAAGGAUUGCAAAGGACAAAUUUGGUCCACUGGAAAAGCAGAAUAUGAAUUUAUGCAUGGAGCCAGAAGAAAUGGGGAAGAUCUUAAAUGAAUGUCUUGCAUCUGUUUUUAUUCUGAGUCUGUAGAAGUGAGGUCAAGCAGUAGCGAGGUCACGGACUCUAUAGAGAUUACAGAGGAGAAGGUGUUUGAUGUCUUGAGGCAAAAAAGGUGGACAGAUCCCCAGGUCCAUACAUGAUGUCUCCCACAGGGUCUGAGGGGACAAGUACAGAAAUUGGAGGGGUUGUAGCAGAGAUAUUUAAAUAACCUUAAUGACCGGUGAGGUACUGGAGGAUAGCUAAUGUUGUUCCACUGUUUAAGAAAGGUUCUAAGAAUGAACAAGGAAAUUAUAGGCCGGUGAGCCUGACAUAGAGAGUAGGAAAGUAUUCUAAUGGACCAGAUAUGAGUAUUUGGAUAGAAAGGUACUGAUUAGGGAUAGUCAGCAUGGCUUUGUGUAUGGUAGAUCAUGUCUGACCAAUCUUAAAUGAGUUUUUCAAAGAAGUUACCAGGAAAGUUGAAGACAAGGCAGUGAAUGUUGGCUACAUGGACUUCAGCAAGGCAUUUGACAAGGUCAUGCAUGGGAGGUUGAUCAAGAAGGUUCGAUAGCUCAGUAUUCAAGAUGAGGUAGUAAGUUAAAUUAGACAUCAGCUUUGCAGGAGAAGCUAGCGACUGGAGGUCUGUGAGUGCCACAGGGAUCGGUGCUGGGUCAGUUGUAUGUCAUCUAGGUCAGCGAUCUGGAUUACAAUGUGGUUAACUGGAUUUGUAAAUUUACAGAUGACACCAAGAUUAGGGAUAUUGUGAAUAGCGAGGAGGACUAUCAAAACUGGAAAAAUGGCAGGUGGAAUUUAAGGCAGAUGAGUGUGAGGUGUUGCACUUUGGGAGGACUAACCAGAGUGGGUCUUACACAGUGGACAGCAGGGCAGUAGGUGUGCGAUAGAACAAAGAUCUUGGAAUUCGGGUCCAUAAUUUGUUGUAAGAGGCCUCACAGGUAGAUAAGGUCGUGCAGAAAGCUUUUGGCACAUUGACAUUCAUUGAUCAAAGUAUUGAGUGCACGAGUUGGGAUGUUAUGUUGAAGUUGUGUAAGACAUUGGUUAGGCCUAAUUUGGAGAAUGCGUGCAGUUUUGAUCAUUUAUCUACAGGAAAUGUGUAAAUGGUAUUGAAAGAGCAGAGAGAAAAUUUACAAAGACGUUGCUGGGACUGGAGGACCUGAGUUAUAGGAAAAGAUUGAAUAGGUUACAACUUUAUUCCCUAGAUUGUAGAAGAUUGAGGAAAAAAUUGAUAGAGGUAAACAAAAUUGAGGAGUAUAGAUAGGAUAAAUGCAAGUGGGCUUUUUCCACUGAGGUUGAGACUACGACUAGAGAUCAUGGGUUAGAGGUGAGACGGAGUUUUCUAAAAGGUACGUGGAAAGAAUCUACUUCUCUCAGAUGGUGGUGAGAGUGUGGAAUGAGUUGCCACGCAAGUGGUGGAUGUCAUCGUUUAAGAGAAGUUUGAAUAGGUACAUGGGAAUGGUAUGGAGGGCAAUGAUCUUGGUGCAGGCUGAUAGGACCAGGCAAUUUAAAUAGUUUAGCAUUGACUAGAUGGGCCAAAGGGCCUGUUUCUGUGCUGUAGUUUUCUAUGACUCUAACAGAAGCUUUAUUUUAGCUUGAUGGAAUAUAUUUUCAUACUUUAUAUCAUCUCCCUGAUGGAAGGUGGGGGUAAAGGGAGGAUGGUUAGACUGGGAGGGGUCUUUAAUUGUGUUGAUUGCUUUCCUGGGCAGCAGGAAGUGUGGACAUCUUCAUUGGAGGAGAGGCUGGUUUCCAUGGGUUGUGUUCACAACUCUUUCAAUUUCUAUGUUCUUGGCCAGAGCAAUUGCCAUAAGCUGUGGUGCAUUUGGAUAGAAUUAUCUCUAUGGUGCAUAUAAAAAUUGGUGAGUGUUAUUCGGGACAUGCAGAAUUUCCUUUGUCUUUUGGGGAGUAGAGGUGGUGUACUUGGUCAUAAAGGCUAUGGUUGGAACAGUGCAAGCUGUUGUGUUGACACUUAAGAAUCUCUCAAACAUCUCCACCUCAGCACUUCUCAUAUACACAGGGAUAUAUAUGUACCUAUUCCCCUGUGUUCACAUUUAAAAAAAAGACUUACCUCAUAAAUUUCCCAUGAACAUUCUUUAUUCAUAAAACUGUGAUCUAUAAUAUUUGACAUUUUCACCCUGGGGGGUAGAAAAAACUCUCUACCUUUUCUGUGUUUCGCAUAACCUCUAUUAAGUCACCCCUCAGCUUCUGACACUCUAAAAACAAAGUUUGUCCAAUCUGCUACAGCUAAUGCUCUCUAACCCAGCCAACAGGAUGCAGACAGAGCAUUUGUACUGAGGAGUUAUGUAAAAAUACUCAUUCCUAGGUGGUGUGUUUUGAGAAAGUGUACCUCUAGCUCUGCUUUGCCACAUAGAAUGGACCAGAAGCAGUGUUUUAAAUAAUGACUUUCUUGUACUUAGCUGAAAUGUCCACUUUUUAAGAUAUUGUAAGUUGGUAUUUGUAACCUCUAUCCCUCCCUUGUCUUUUGAUGAGAUGUGUUCUGAUCAGCAAAUUCCACAUUCUUUACUCAAAAUAACUGGAUUUUGUUUUGGGUAACAGCUUGAUGCAAUAAUUAUUUGUUUAAAUUUAUCAUAUUUUUAUAAGUAAAUUUAUUUACAGGUCUCUCUAGCGAAGUGUCUACAAAUUCAACUCAGGGAAGAUCUCCACAGAAAAAGAUGCAAUCAGAAAGAAUAUUAAAGGAUGCUGAAAAUUGAUUUAAAUUGUAUUUUAGUUUGAUAAUAAACUGUCAACUUUGUGCAAAUCCUCCUAAAUUCUCCCAUAGUUAAGAAAACCUAAUGAAGGUUUUAUGCUUGUUCUUGAAAGAAUAAAGUGAUUUUAUGUUUAAUGAAAUGUGUCACAUGUCCCUAAUCUUAUUAAGUUUAAAUGUUUUUAAUUAGACCAUAUUCUGUUCAAAAUAUUUUGUUGUGAAACAUAGUGUAAUUAUUGAGCAUUAUUUUAAUUGUUUGACCUAAUGCCUUCUCUGUAAAUCAUCAACUUUACUAAUCUUUGUUCAAGUAAAACAGAUAAUUUGGCACUUUAACUUUUAAAUUAUUUCAGAACAAUUGAUGUAAUAACAUAGUCCAGAAAAUAUGCAUUUUGUUCCAUGAAAACAUCAAAUUUUCAGGAUUUUAUUGUCUUUGUUUUGUAGUGCCAUAUUUAUAAAUCCUUGUAAUGGAGAAGGAGGGGCAGUUUAUACAGAAAGUCCUUUUGGUACAAUUAUAAAAACACAAAUAUCACAACAGUUAGUCAAUAGUCCUUUAAUUUGCAUUGAAUUACAAUGAAUAAAUGCAUCAUUGUUUAUUAAGAAAUUAAACUUAAAUUCUGCUGCUUUGGCAAGACCAAAUUAAUGGAUUUCUGUUUAUUAGCUUGACCCACAAAUUAGAGCCAAAAAAUAUCUAAUUUGAAUUAUUUUAUCAAUGAUAUUUUUGUGCUGUUGGCUUUUUUUUGGAGAGGUGUAGUAUUAUCCGAGAACAUUAUACAGUGACACAUUUUGUGUAAUCCACUGAUGUGGCAUAACAAAAGAAAGGAAUCAUGAAUCUGCUUGAAACUGUUGGAUUGUGAUAUUUGUGAUUUGUUGCUUUGGUAUAGAUAUGUUUUUGAGGAUUUGCUGCUUUAGUUACUCAGAUGUUGAAAGAAUGCUUGUAUAAAGGAAAUGUGGACAGGUACCUUGUGUUUGUAUAUAUGUGGUAAAUGUACAUUCAAUCAACUGCUGUGUGUAAAGUCUUGUGAAGAAAAAUAAAAUUCUUAGAAAAAUGUAAACAA